CUCGUCGCGAGCAUGAGCUCGGACGCGAGCGCGCGGCAGACCGCGGAGGCGCAGCUGACGCAGGGCGGGACCCAGCCCGGGUUCGGCGUCGGGCUCGCGCGCGUGUCCCUGAAUCAGGCGCUGCCGUACGGCACCAGGCAGCUCGCCGCGGUCGUCCUGAAGAAGUACGUCAAGGAGCACUGGCAAGAGGGCGAAGGCAGGCACGUCCCGCCGCAGACGUCGGACGAGGAGAAGGCGGCGAUGCGCGAGAUCCUCCCCGCGGGUUUGGGCGAUCCGAUCGCGAAGAUUCGCACCGCGGUCGGGAUGGCGAUCGCGUCGAUAGCAGCCUGGGACUGGCCGCACGCGUGGCCCGCGCUGACGCCGACGCUGUUGAACGCGGUGAAAGCGCGCCAGAGCGAAGACGCGGUCCUCGGCGCGCUGCGAUGCCUCCAGAUGAUCUGCGUGGACAUGGAAGAGGCGCAGAUCCCUCAGGUGGUCUUCUCCCUCGCGCUCAAACGCCGCGCGCUCGCGGUGCUGCACUCGUGCCUCACCACCCUCGGGAUGAUGUCCGCCGCGAAGCAGCGCGCGGUGAGGGACCUGAUGAUUCCGCUCCUGCCGCCGUGGUUGGAUUUUUUCUCGCGCGCGCUCGCGACGGCUCCCGCCGCCGACGCCCCGGAGCAGUGCUCGUUCGUCCUCGAGGCGCUGCGAUGCCUCGCGCCGACGGUGAUGUACUUCGCGAAGCCCGCGGGCGACGCGAUCCUGCCUCCUCUGCGCGCCGCGGCGACGCUGUUCCACGCCCUCGCGGGCGCGUACGAGGCGAACCACGUCGACGCGGAGAGCGACGCGGAGCGAGACAGGCGCGUUUGUUUUUUCUCGCACCGCGACGGCGAGGACGCGUCCGUCGCGCACGUGGUGCUCCAACUCCUCGAGCUCGUGAUGACGCUCGUGGAGCACCCUCGACUCUCCGCGACGCUCGAGAGCGGCCUAGCCGAGAUGAUAUACCGCGCGAUCGGGUACAUGCGCAUGACUGCGAGCCAGGAGGAGAGCUGGGGCGACGAUCCGAAUCAAUACGUCGCGGACGAGGACGACGACAUGUCGUCGGCGCGCGCGACGUGCGGGAUGUUACUCGACGAGCUCGUCGACCGGUUCGGCGACGACGCGCAGCGCGCCUUGUCCGUCGCGGUCGAGCGGCGGCUGAGCGAGGCGGAGCUCGCGCGAGCGAACGGGGAGGCGAACUGGUGGAAGACGCGCGAGGCGACGCUGCUCGCGGUGGGCGUGGUGUCGGACGCGUUGAUCGAGGGCGAAGCCGCCGCGCGUUCGGAGAACGUCGCGCCGAGCUUCGCGGCGUCGGUGUUCCUCGCCAACGUCCUCGAGCGCGACCUCUCGAGCGGCGCGACGGCGGCGGGCGCGGUAACGGACGGCGGCGAGUCGUUUCUGCGCGGGAGGGCGCUCUGGGUCGCCGCGAGGCUCGCGCCGGGCGCGCCGCCGGCGGCGGCGGGCGCCGCGCUCGCCGCCGCGUUGGCGUCGCUGCGACCGACCGCGUCCGCGCCGCUGCGCGUCGGCGCGUGCCGCGCGCUCGCGCAGUACGUCCCGCUCGCGCCGAAGGACGUCUUGCGGCCGUUCCUCGCGCCCGCGUACCAAGGCUUGGGGUCGCUGCUCGAGUCCGCCGCGGGGAGCACAGCUGGCGCGGGGAGCGGCGACGCGUUGGAGGAUGGCUACGCGGAGGACGCGCUCCACCUGGUGCUCGAGGCGAUGCUCGUCGUCGUGAAAGCGGACGCGGACGCCGCGACGCAGUGGUCCUCCGCGCUCGCGCCCGCAACGUUGCGCGUCUGGGCGGAAAAAGUCGCGGACCCGUUGCUCGCCGCGGACGCGCGCGACGUUCUGGAGGCGCUCGCGGCGGUGCCCGCCGAGGCGCACGCCGCGCACGCGGCGUGCUUCCGCCACGUCGUCGCGAUCGCGUUGACGUCGGACGACGUCGGCGCGUUGCAGAGCGCCGCGGAGUGCCUUCGCGCGUUUCUCCGCGCCGGCGGCGACGACGCGUUGCUGUGGGGGGUCGACGGUCAGGGCGGCGGCGGCGACGUGCUGCGACAGUACCUCGACGCCGCGGCGAGGCUGCUGUCGCCGAGCCUCGAGGACGGCGCCGCGGUGUUCGCCGCGCCGCUCCUCGGGCAGAUGUUGCGCCGGCUUCCGACGCGGAUGGCGCCGGUGUUGCCGGAGAUUGUGUCGGCGACGGCGACGCGAAUUCGCGCGGCGAGGCAGCCGAACCUGAUCGCGGCGCUGCUGAGCGAGGGCGCGGAUGGGAUCCCGCCGCCGACGACGGCGCUCGAGCUCGUGACGCGGUUGUGGAUCGCGCACCAGUCGGACGUCCAGGGCGCGUUCGACAUCAAGCUCACGACGAGCGCGCUGGCGGUGCUGCUCGCGAGCGGGAACCCGACGCUGGGGAGCGUCGGCGUGAAGGGCGAGCCGGUGGCGCCGGAGGGAGGAGGAGGAGGGCAGAACGGCGGCGCGGCGAUUCGAACGCGCGCGAGGGCGAAAGCGGCGGGGCCGGAGAAGUUCUCGCUCGCGCCGCUCCCCGUGAAGAUGCUCGACGCGCUCGCGGACUUUGUCUUGGAGGCGCAGGAGGCGGCGAGCGCGAGGGAGGACGACGAGUGGGAGGAC